UACCUACCUACGGUAGAACGACUGUCACGUUCAGCCGAUAAUCAAACCAUACCGCAGCCUUCCCGCCGCGGCGAAGCCGGUGCCCCUCCCUCCAGCUUCCUCCGACAAUACACCUACAACAGUGUUCUUUUCCCACCUUCUUACGCAAGUUUUGUUAUUGCCUUCUUUUGCGUCAACUGCAUUCCCACGCCAUACAGGCUCGACAAGAUGUCGUGGAAACUCACCAAGAAAUUGAAAGAGACCCAUCUGGGCCCUCUUACAAGCACCUUCUCUCGCAAUCCUUCAACAUCCACCAUCACAGAUAAAGACGAAAAGGGACUUCUUCCCACCUCGGCUACCCCUACCCCCAGCGACAAUGCCAUCGCUGCCUCUGAAUCGAUGGUGCAGGAGCCUGUAGUCAAACCUCCACAGCCUGGCAUUCUUGUAAUUACUCUGCACGAAGGCCAAGGGUUUGCUCUGCCCGAUCAGCAUCGGAAUGCUCUUUCCUCACAACAUCAAUCAGGUUCCAUGUCGACUGGUAACGCCCUCAAUUCCGCGGGAUCCGUACGACCCGGCUCGUCCCAGAGAACCGCUGCUGGGUCCUUUAUGAAUAGCUCCAGUAGGCCCCAGACAUCGGCGGGCGGCUUCUCGGGUAUCCCUUCCAACCACGGUCGAAUUUCGAGCAAAUACUUACCCUACGCUCUAAUCGAUUUCGAUAAGGUCCAGGUGUUUGUAAGUGCCGUGUCAGGUACCCCCGAAAACCCUUUGUGGGCCGGCGACAACAUCCAAUACAAGUUCGACGUGUCCCGUGUAACAGAACUCGCUGUACAUCUCUACCUUCGCAACCCCAAUGCACCUGCUGGGUCAGGCAGGAGUCAAGAUAUAUUUAUGGGCGUUGUACGUAUAAAUCCUCGGUUUGAGGAGAAACGUAUCUUCGUCGAAGAUCCCAAGGCCAGCAAGAAGGAUCGCGAGAAGGCGGCUGCCGAAUUUUCAAGUCGUGAGCGGGAACGCGGACAUAGUGGCCUAGAAUGGGUAGAUGUACAGUAUGGCUCUGGCAAGCUCAAGAUUGGAGUUGAGUACAUCGAAAACCGGAAGGGAAAACUAACCAUGGACGACUUUGAGUUGCUGAAAGUAGUCGGCAAAGGUAGUUUUGGUAAGGUUAUGCAAGUGCAAAAGAAGGAUACAAACCGAAUCUAUGCCCUGAAGACAAUUCGUAAGGCCCACAUCAUUUCUCGGUCCGAGGUUGCUCAUACACUUGCCGAGCGGUCGGUACUUGCACAGAUCAAUAACCCCUUCAUCGUUCCUCUUAAAUUUACCUUCCAGUCCCCAGAAAAGCUAUAUUUCGUCUUGGCCUUCGUCAAUGGUGGCGAGCUCUUUCAUCACUUGCAAAAGGAGCAAAGAUUUGACGUGAACCGAGCACGCUUCUAUACGGCCGAGCUUCUCUGUGCCCUUGAAUGUCUGCACGGAUUCAACGUCAUCUAUCGCGACCUCAAGCCCGAAAAUAUUCUUCUGGACUACCAAGGUCACAUUGCGCUGUGUGACUUUGGCCUUUGCAAGCUCGAUAUGAAGGACGAGGAUCGGACCAACACGUUCUGUGGCACACCUGAAUACCUUGCUCCGGAGCUACUCAUGGGUCAGGGAUAUAACAAGACGGUAGAUUGGUGGACGUUAGGCGUUCUUCUUUACGAGAUGUUGACGGGGUUACCUCCCUUUUACGAUGAGAAUACAAAUGAGAUGUAUCGAAAGAUACUCUCCGAGCCUCUACACUUCCCCGGGCCAGAGAUAGUACCACCCGCUGCCAAGGAUCUACUUACCAAACUCCUCAACCGGAAGCCUGAGGAGCGACUAGGAGCUGGAGGCAGCGCCGAGAUCAAAGCGCAUCCUUUCUUCCAUGCCAUAGAUUGGCGGAAAUUGUUGCAGCGUAAAUAUGAGCCGACGUUCAAGCCCAGAGUGGUGGACGCAACGGAUACAGACAAUUUUGACCCGGACUUCACGAAUGAAGUGCCUCAGGAUUCAUAUGUAGAAGGUCCCAUGCUGUCCCAGACGAUGCAGGAUCAGUUUGCGGGCUUCAGCUACAACCGACCGAUUCCAGGGCUAGGAGAUGGGGGCGGGAGUAUUAAAGAUCCCACAGUCAUUGGCAGUGUCCAGGAUAGACGUAGAUGAGCUUGCAGCACUAUUGGGUUUG